CCACAUCCCACGAAUCCUCAACAUCACAGAACAAUCACCAAACAACUCAAUCCACCACACCAUAGAACAAACACCACCAAAAUGAUGCAACAUCGCAUGCUCUCAAAAGAAGAAGAAGUCGCCGCCGGCGGCGAAGAAAACGAAGUCCGGCGCGAGGACCAGGAGAAAAUCAACCGCUUUAGUCGACUUCAUCAGCGGGAGACUGUUUUUGAGGCGCUGCUUAAGGGGAAGCAGAAAGACAAAGAAGACCUUGAAGAAGUAACCACCGAACUCGAACUCGCAGAUGAAGAUGAACUCGUUCCGUACAAAAUCGGCGACACAUUCUUCCAACUCCCGCUCUCGGAAGCCCAGCAGCUCCUUGCCACCUCGACAGAGGAUGUUGAGGGCGAGGUGACGAAGUUGGAGGAUUCGUUGGGGGAGCUGAGGGAGGAGUUGCAGGAGUUAAAGGUGGCGCUGUAUGCGCGGUUUGGGAGGGGGAUUAAUUUGGAGGCUUAGCUUCUUUUUUCCUUUUCUAAAUGACGGCUAAUUGAUAGAAAUGUGACUGUAUUACGUGUAUUCUAUGUUAGGUGUUGUUUGGUAGCAACUGUAAAUGUAAAUAUCAAUUCUAUUACUUGGCAGGGUAUAUGCAGUUCUAUAGUACUUGUAAGUCAUGGAUGGUUAAAUGCGUCUGUCUAUGCAAUUCUCAUAAGCCAUAUCUCAUCGCAUGGGAGCAAUAAAUAAAGAAACAAAUGCAGGCCAAGUACUCCGUUGUCCGUGAAUGCAUCAAAUAAUACUGGCAAUCGUCAUGCGCGACGAGCUCGACCGUCGAGCUAUAUCCUCACC